CUGAACUUUCCUGAACUCUCCUGAGUGAGAACAUUUCAACAGAAGUGAAGUUUGGUCGAAUAUCGCUAGCAGCUCCGCUUCCCACCUAUCAACACAGUGGCGGGCUACUGUAACACCGUUUUGGCUUUCUGGGGCUUUUAGGCACGCAGGCUUGACCAUGGAGUUAGCCCGGGUGUUUUUGUGUGUGCUGUCCGUGUUUGUUGCUCUAGUCUCCGAAAGGCUCGUGGUGCUGGCUUCCUUCUCUCAGUCUCUGGACAGCGACUUCACAUUCACUCUACCCGCCGGUCGGAAGGAGUGCUUUUACCAGACCAUGAAGAAAGAUGCCUCACUGGAGAUUGAAUAUCAGGUAUUAGAUGGUGCAGGUCUGGAUGUGGAUUUCUUCAUCUCCUCUCCCUCUGGCCAAGUGCUGUUCAGUGACUAUCGCAAGUCAGAUGGGGUGCACACUGUGGAAACUGAGGAUGGAGACUACAUGUUCUGCUUUGACAACACAUUCAGUGCCGUCUCUGAGAAGAUCAUCUUCUUUGAGUUGAUCCUGGACAACAUGGAUACAGAUGAAGAUCCAGAUGACUGGAAGGAGUAUGUUCAUGGAACAGACAUGCUGGACAUGAAGCUGGAAGACAUCAUGGACACCAUCAACAGUGUGAAGGCUCGGCUGGGCAAAAGUGUACAGAUCCAGACGGUGUUGCGGGCCUUUGAGGCUCGCGACAGAAACCUCCAGGAGAGUAACUUUGACAGGGUGAACUUUUGGUCUGUGAUAAAUCUCAUUGUUAUGGUCUUGAUAUCGGCAGUUCAGGUCUACCUAGUCCGCUCGCUGUUUGAAGAUAAAAGGAAAAUUCGUACGUAACUCCACCCCAGGUGGAGGGACAGAAAGAGAAACUAUCACACUUGCCCACAGAUACCUUUGGGAUUUUUCUCAGCUGAUCUCCUCACUCGUGACUCUUAACACAAGAUGUUGUCUAUACACAUACAUAUGCAUGCACACACACACAGACAUAUUGACAUUCUCAAUAGCAAAUUUGACACAAUUGCUGCUUUGGUCUUUAGUCCACUGGAGUUUGAGGGACAGCAGGAGCCCUUGGUUUGGAGCAGGAACCUAUACAGUAACUGUCAGCCCCUCUACUUUGUACAUUGUUUUAUAGUCCUCCCUUAACUCUUCAAAGAAAGUGACACAACAGGCACGUUUAUGAUGUGACUAUUUUUCUAACAGAGCCUAAAGUUACAAGGCCAGAGGCCAAUUGCAAAAAUGUCCUUUUUUCUUAGGACGUGUUUUUAUUUGAGUGUUGAGUUGAACUAAAUGAAGAAAGGUCUGAAAACUUUAAUUUACUUCUGCCAAACAGGGAAGUGCAACCAGUCUGUCAGCAUGUCUUCCCAAUCGUUAGCUACUCUCAAAUGUACCUUUGUAUGUCACUAAAAUGCCUUAGUGGUUUGUAUUUAGCCUUUUGCCAGUCUGUGAGGCCUUUUACUAUUUCUCCCACUGUCAUGAACAUUUAUGUUACUAACAGAAAAUCAGUCACCACUUUCCAUUAUGCCAGUACUGAAAAGUCAGGUCUUUAGGUAGGGUCGCUUUGCUAAUGCUGCUCUUUGGCACCUAAGGGACCAUGGAGUAGUAGAAACAGAAGUGGGCCAUCUACACUUAGGACCUCUGCCUUGCUCUCCUCUGCCAUGGCUUGUGCAUCUGUGGCCUAAAUGGCUGCCAGCUCCACUACCCUCUGCCGUGGAGCCUCACAGCUCCUGUCGGGUGUCUGCUUACAAUCACCUACUGCGUGAAGAUGUUGAGCCUGCCUGUCUCUCUGGUGACAGAAGUCUAUUUCUAUCUUACUGACAUCUGCAAGGUCAUUACCACUACUACAUGGGCACACUGCUCAGUUUAACAUACAUGAGCCAUUCAUUGCCUUGGCUACAUCAGCAUUGUUUUUAAAUGCUAGUGUAUGUGUAUUUAAUCUGAUAUUCACAUUUUAUUAGCCAAAAGUACACACUAGCAUCUGAUCGUUGCACUGCCACUGAUGCCACAGAACAACAUAUUUUGUUUUGUUUUCAUAUUCUUAGAACAUAAUUUAUCAUUUUGGGCCCUGAAGUGCUUAUUGGAUUAUUGGGGUCCACCAGAAACGGGUCCAUAACUUGUCCUGACGUGGGUGAGGGGGCACUGUUCUGAGGUUUUUAUCUCAUUGGUUGUUUGUAUACUAUUAAGAUGCUAUGGUGAUGUGUGCUUAUAGAUUCUUUUAUUGGUAUUUACUGAGCUCCACAGUUGAAACCUGGUUGCUCACUACCCAGGCUGAAAGCUCCAUGUCGCCAUCUUCUGAUUUAUUUUCCUGUGCUGUUGGACAGAGAUCAUACAGUGAGUUCAUACCUUUGUAACAGCCUUAGUUGAAAAACUAAACUGUGAGCAGUCUAAUUGUUUCUAUAAUGAUAUGAUUUUGCCAAACAGUAUGGGUGUGUAUAUAUCACACUGAGUAUCGUGGGUGCCUGCAAUAACUCAUGGGACGCGGUCUUCCUCUGCCUCAGUUUUACUGCUUAUUACCAUCCUUUUCUCCUCUGCCCAACUAAUCUCACUGUAGUGUCCGGUGUUUAAUUGAAGUACUGUAUGUUGAGAUUUUGAACGUUGUAUAGGUCAUGCACUGAUGCAGUUGAAAGUGGUUUCUGAUGCUUUUUGAAGUGUGUCAAAGUUCUACAAAAAUAAAAGACUACAGCAUUUUUAAAUAUGUUACUGAGUGGGAGAAUUUAAAGUUUCUGAUACAACAGCCACACUGUCUUUGGGAAAUAAUUUUUACUACCGGAAUGGAGAAGUGGGGAAGAGGGAAUGUGACGUUAUAUGGUAUUUAUUUGACUAAUGUCCUGUAGUUGUAAAUGUGUAUAAAUUAAACAAUCAUACAUUUUUCUGA